AUAAGGAAGACAAACCACAGAAACUGCUGGAAAUGAACGGACAUACAUCGGUGCCGCAUUCCUACGACUAUGAUCUCAUUGUCAUCGGUGGAGGCUCAGGUGGUCUGGCAGCUGCCAAGGAGGCUGCCAAAUAUGAAAAGAAAGUGAUGGUGCUGGACUUUGUCACGCCUACGCCUCUGGGAAACUCAUGGGGUCUUGGAGGAACAUGUGUAAAUGUGGGCUGUAUACCUAAAAAACUGAUGCACCAGGCAGCUUUACUGGGACAAGCCUUGCAAGAUUCACGCAAGUAUGGAUGGCAAUUUACAGAAGAAGUCCAACACAACUGGAUGACUCUGACAGAAUCUGUUCAGAAUUACAUCGGUUCACUGAACUGGGGGUACCGGGUUUCACUGCGAGAGAAGAACGUCACAUAUGAGAACGCAUAUGGAGAAUUUGUUGGGCCACACACAGUAAAGGCAAAAAAUAAGAGAGGAGUUGAGAAGCUGUAUACAGCUGAGAGAUUUCUCAUUGCCACCGGUGAACGGCCACGCUACCUGGGCAUACCUGGAGACAGGGAAUACUGCAUUAGCAGUGAUGAUCUUUUCUCUCUGCCCUACUGUCCAGGGAAAACCCUGGUGGUUGGAGCUUCCUAUGUUGCCUUGGAAUGUGCAGGAUUUCUUGUAGGUCUUGGGUUAGAUGUCACUGUAAUGGUGAGAUCCAUCCUCUUGAGAGGAUUUGACCAGGAUAUUGCAAACAAAAUUGGCGAAUAUAUGGAAGAACAUGGAAUCAAGUUUAUUAGGGAGUUUGUGCCAAUCAAGGUUGAGCAGAUUGAGGAAGGAACUCCUGGAAGAUUGAAAGUUACAGCCAAGUCCACAACAGGGAACCAAAUAAUUGUAGGAGAGUACAAUACUGUGUUGCUAGCAAUCGGAAGAGAUCCAUGCACAAGAAAAAUUGGUUUGGACAAAGUUGGAGUGAAGAUCAAUGAAAAAACAGGAAAAAUUCCUGUCAACGAUGAGGAGCAAACAAACGUGCCCUAUAUCUAUGCUGUUGGAGAUAUACUGCAGGACAAGCUGGAACUCACACCAGUGGCAAUCCAGGCAGGAAGAUUGUUAGUUCAAAGGCUUUACGCUGGGGCAACCACUAAGUGUGACUAUUUGAAUGUUCCAACCACUGUAUUCACGCCUUUGGAGUACGGAGCCUGUGGGUAUUCUGAAGAGACUGCGGUGGAGAAGUUUGGGGCAGAAAACAUUGAGGUGUACCACAGUCAUUUCUGGCCACUGGAAUGGACUGUGCCAUCCAGAGACAACAACAAAUGUUAUGCAAAGAUAAUUUGCAAUAUUCGAGAUAAGGAGAGAAUCAUUGGUUUCCAUGUCCUCGGUCCAAACGCUGGAGAAAUCACCCAAGGGUUUGCAGCUGCUAUGAAAUGUGGGGUGACAAAAGAACAGCUGGACAGCACUGUAGGAAUUCAUCCCGUCUGCGCAGAGGUGUUCACCACUCUGACUGUGACAAAGCGUUCUGGGGAAAGUACCCUUCAGGCGGGAUGCUGAGGUUAGAGACCCCCAUUCUUGUUAUUGCCAGAGACUGACUUUCAUCGCAGCGGCCGACUUGAGCAAUUCAGAAGAAAGGUUUUGGGAUAAGUCAUCCUCAGUCAUCUGCAGAAGCACAUAUCCGCAGGAGAAGAGCAAUGUGGGAGUUGGUCACUCGCGGUGAUUGUCUGGCAAUUAGCAAUGCAAUGGGAAUACUGACUAUCAAGCUGUUGCUUAGCAGGGCAUUUAACGAAUGCUUUCAUGAAGUCAUAGCCUGAAGCCUGCAUUGUCUGGUGGGCAGUGAUGGAAGAACUGCUAGCACAGCUGGACAACAGCUGGUUUGGCUUGGUUUUAUUACUUUCUGUUUUCUUACCUGAACAAAGAACUUCCAAACCGAAGAAUGUUACCACAAGUUCUGAUCAUUGUGUAGUGCCUCUGUGUGCUAGGUUAUAACACAGCAAUGGCAAGGUCUCCUCAGGAACAUGCAUUUUAGCAGCUCACGUGCCUAUGGAGGGGAAAUUAUGUCUCCAUGCCUGAUUGUGAGGAAGAAGACAUCCUUGGACAAAAAUUUGAGUACCAUCAAGAAUAAUAUAUUUCUUGGCUUCCGAACCGACUCUGUUGAGAGUUUUUAUUUUUAGAGAAUCUUAUUUGUGAAAAUGUUCUCCCUGGUGAGAAAGGAAAAUACUUUUUAUGAAGGCCUUGUUAUGCAGAAGGGUUGUUUUUCCCCCCUGACGGUAACAACCAUGCAUAUAACACAGAUGUGAUCAUCUUAGCUUUAUCGUGCAGCUUAUGUAAUCAUAAUUAAUCCAGUUUGGAACAGACAGAAUUCCAAUGUGGAAUGAAUUAUAUUUUCAAGAGCUCUCUUCAAUUUUAUUCAAUUUGAAUAAAUUUUUCCUUUCCAGGUGAGCUAUUGUACACUGCACCAUUUCAGGUCUGAAUUGGCAGUACUGAGAUUUCCCCUCGGAUUAAUGGGCCUGUAGAAUUAAAAAAAAUCAACCGCCAAAUAACCUCCCUCCCAAACAAACAAGCAAACAAAAUCCCCACCCAACCUCAAAAAACAACAGUGAAAAAUUUUCCGUGUAGAUAUGGCCUAAAAGCUGUACUUAGUUCCAUGUGUGCACUGAUUUAUAUUUAAUUAAGAAAACAAUACUUUUAAAAUAGAGGUUUCCAUGAAAAAUAACUAAGUCUUGAAUAUUUCUCCUGUGUUGGUUGAACUGCAUAAAUAUUUAUCAAGAAAUGGUAAAAAUGUCUCUUUGUAAUGGAAAUGAAUGUGCUUUUUGAUCUGGAUUUUCAUUUCCCUCCCUCUGUUUUAGCAGAAAGGUUCGGAUUACUUUUAUUAAAUGGUUCUUGGGAAUCUAGUAGUGUGGUGGGAAUAGGGGGUAAAUUCUGUAGCCUUCUGGGCAAAACACCUUGUGCCUAAAUUUCUACCUGGUAACAAAUUUAUGUACUGAGAUUUCUAGAAUAGUGUUUUAAGUUAUUUUUAUAAACUCAUAUGUAACUGAAGGAUUUCUAAACGUGUUUUGUAUGGUAUCAAGAAUGGUCUGUGAUGGUGUUUUUUCUGGCCAGUUUAUUAAAUAAAUUGAAUAUUUGCACAAACA